ACCCCUUGUACUGUACGUGCUGCUGCUAGUCUUGAGUCCACUCCCACGAGUCGAGUGCCACUCCUACUGCUCCUGCUGCUCGCUCGGCCCGGGAGGCCGGGAGCGAAUUCAUUAGACACAGAGCAGGCGAGCAGCGCGCGUACCAGUGUAUGUGUGCGUGUGGCGUCGUUUGAGGAGAAGGCGCCCGGCCGGGGGGAUUGUCGAUGUUGGUGGGAAUGGCGGAGGACGCGGUCAUGGCGGCGGCGAGUUCCGGGUGCAGCAGCGGCUGCCAGUCCGGCUGGACCACCUACCUGGACGACGACCGCUCCUCCUACUCUACAAGCGCCACCACCACGCGGUUCCAUGGAAAGCCGCAGGGACAGUUCUACGGCUACGGCUGCGAGUGCGAGUACUCUGAGGAGGACGACCUGUCCAUGGUCUCCGACGCCUCCUCCGGGCCACCCCAACAGUGCUCGCCCGGCUCCGGCGCCACGCACACUAAUGCGCGGGCCGAGAGGAGAGGCAUAGCGACAGAGACAGCGGCAGCGGCGAGGCGGCAGAGCAAGGUGGCCGGCGCCGUCGCGUCUCUGCUCGAGGACACCGCCAGCUCGCCGGCCUUCUUCAAGCACUCCAAGCAGGUGAGGAGCUCAGCGGAGGCCAACGGCUACGCCGGCGCGGCCGAUUCGAUCACCAAUGCUGCCGAUUUCUCGUGCGCCUUCUUCUCUGCGACGGGCUUCGAGUCUCCCUCGAAUGGCUCUGCUCUGAGCGGUUGCCUGCAAGCGCAGUACUCCCCUGCUCCUGCCAAACGGAUGAUGCCCACAAGACAUAUGUGCAGAGAUGGCAGUGAUAAGAUCAAAAGGUGGUGAGAAAGAAGAGGCUGCGAGGAGCUAGCUCUUGCCUGCUCGGCUCCGUUAUGUUCUUGGAAGCGAAGAAUGCCUUUGCGAACCUUGCAAAUCUCCAGAGAGACAUGUUCUUCACAUCAAGUUUUCUUUCCCCUAGCUUCCUCUCUCACUCUCUCUCUGUAGCUAGCAUGUGUCCUGUGUUUACUAUAACUGCACCUGUUGCCCCCCCAGCUGCAGUUAGUAUCCCACUUUUGAGCUGUCAUUGCUGCGGGAAACAACAACCUGAGGAAAAAACAAGCGAAUGUGAGAUCCUUUUUGCACCA